CUAGAGGAUUUUUUUAAAUUAUUACCAUGGCAACAGUGGAAGUGACUACUGGAACAUCAGAGAUGGAGACAUCUACAUCUGCUUCUGCAGCCAAAGUAAAAAUUGUGGCCCCAUGUAAUUCUGAUUCUGGAGCAUCAUCCUCCAGGCUCAAUGAGGGACACCAGAAUUCCCUUGCUGGAAGACAGCAACGACAACAGAGAGUCUACAACAUGAUGAAAGACCUUCAGCAGAAGCAUUUAGCCAAUGUGAUACAAGGCAAAAUAACUGAUCAGGAAAAUUCUGAUCUGUCUGAGUCGCAGAGCAUCUGCCGUAUUUGCCAUUCUUCAGGGGAAGAACCCCUCAUAACUCCAUGCUACUGUUCAGGCUCAGCAAAACAUGUGCAUGCAUCAUGUCUGUUGACAUGGUUUAAAAAAGAGGUGAAGAAUACCUGUGAAUUGUGCCGGCAUAAAGUGGAUAUCAAGAAAAAGGGAAAGCCGUAUGCUGAGUGGCGCAGACCAGAAGAUAAGCCAACACCAAUAAUCUGGUUCACUGUAUUUGUUGUGGGACUUUUCCUGAAUGUGUUCUCUAUCUCUGUGAGUGCUUCUGAACUUUGCACCUCAACAGCUUGUGUGAUAUUCUACGUAGUGAAUGGAUUUGGGAUCAUUCUUGAUGCUGCUCUUCUUUACUGCUGGUGGACAAAAUGUCUGUUUUAUUGGCGAAAGUGGUGCGCACUUAAUCAGGAGUGGUCUAUUGUGGUCGGUAAUGGGCAGACUGCUCCACAGCGAUGCAGCCGGGAAGAAAGAAGCAGUGGAAGGACUAUACAAAUUCCUCAUAUAGUUUGAACUGCAGUCCUUUUGUGCACAAGUUGCUUUGCUAAUAACCAGUUCACCAACAUCUUAGGUUGCUUCAACUCUUCAGUUGAUUAGAAGUUGAUCAGGUUCUGUCCAUGAAAUUGUUAAAAAUUUUGUAAUACAUUAGCAAAACAACCGAUGGGACUUACACAAAAUUCCCUUAGAUGUUGGUGCAACAACCUUUAGACGUUAGGGAACUGGUUGUUAAAAAAAAAAAUUGUAGGUGAAACAACCAGUUACCCAAUGUAAAACUGCAACUACUUCUUAGAAAUGGGUAUGAAAGCCCUGUUAUUCAAAUUAAUAUUAAUAGUUAAUUAAUAUAUUGUAUUAUAGGUAUUAAGUUUGAAAGUCGUGAAAAUUGUAAGUGACAGAUUCACAUGUACAUGUACACGGUAUUGAAUAUUUGUUAACUUGUAAGAGAAACUUGAUUAAAAAUAGGGUCAAGCAA